GGCAACUUUCUCCGAAAAGUCCAAAUUCUGUGAAAUUCAACUUCAGUGAAGGCUACCCGGUGCUGUAGUUGGAAUCAAGUGCAUGAUCUAUAUAUCUAUAGGCAACCUGCUGUAAUUCAGCCAAUAACAUAGCGAGUUACAAAUUCGGUAAUAGGACAGAAAACAGCGUCGAGUCGAAUUAUUUUUAAAUUCCUUCUCUAACAUGUCGAUUAGCCUCUAUUGCGCCUAAAGGUGUGUGUGUGUGUGUGUGUCAGGCAGUCUCUCUCUCUGUUGCCAAUCACCACUCCUACUUUGUUUCUCUGCAUGGAUGACAGAUAAUCAUCACAGUUCACUAUGAGGAGGAUGGCGAAGGAUCUGCAACCAGCCGAGCAACGGUCUGGGUGGAUCUCCAGUUGGCUUCCAUCCUGGUGUCCCACCUCCCUCUCUCAGCUGAAGGACGCAGAAGACAAAAUGCUCAAAUCUGUGAAGGCCCCAUUCUCCAGGCAGCAUGUCCAGAUAUCCAACGGCAACUAUCUCUGGACCUUAGCCUUCACCUCUCACAUCAAGCCCCAUCCCUCUCUCCCACCCCAGCCUCAGCCAAAGCCCCAUCCCUCUCUCCCACCCCAGCCUCAGCCAAAGCUCCAUCCCUCUCUCCCACACCAGCCUCAACCCCAUCCCUCUCUCCCACCCCAGCCUCAGCCCCAGCCACAUAUCUCUCUAUCACCCCAUACCCAGCCCCAUCCCUCUUCUCCACAACCCUCUCUCCAGCCCCGUCCUCCCCUGGUGCUGCUCCAUGGGUUUGGGGGUGGUGUGGGUUUGUGGGCCCAGAACCUGGACUCUCUGUGUGGCAGUGGAGCCGUGUAUGCCCUGGAUCUUCUGGGGUUUGGACAGAGCAGCCGGCCCCUGUUCAGCGUGGACCCCCAGGGGGCAGAGGAGCAGUUCCUAGGGGCCCUGGAGGAGUGGAGGGACAGGGUGGGCCUGGAGGAGAUGGUCCUGCUGGGACACAACCUGGGAGGAUACCUGGCUGCUGCUUACACACUUACACACCCACACAGGGUAAAGCACUUGAUCCUGGUGGAGCCCUGGGGGAUCCCGGCCCGUCCAGAGAAUCUAGAUCAGGAGAAGUCUAUCCCAGUGUGGAUCAGAGCCAUGGGGGCUGUCAUGAGUCCCUUCAACCCCCUGGCUGGACUUAGACUGGCCGGACCACUGGGUCCUAUGUUGAUCCAGACCAUCAGGUCUGAUUUUAAACAGAAGUACUCUUCAGUGUUUGAUGACAACACCGUAUCAGACUACAUCUAUCAUCUUAACGCACAGACACCAAGUGGUGAAACAGCGUUUAGGAACAUGACAGUACCAUAUGGUUGGGCUAAGAGACCAAUGUUAGAUCGUAUUGGACAGAUCCAACCAGACAUUCCAAUAUCCAUCAUCUAUGGGUCUCGAUCCAGUAUCGACAGCGACUCGGGAUACACCAUCCAGAAAAUCCGACCAGAUGUGGACAUCAUCGUGAUAAGGGGAGGAGGUCACUAUGUGUUUGCUGACCAGCCAGACGACUUCAAUCAGAACGUUCUUCACAUCCUGGCCAGGAUGGAGGGAGAUAAGGAGAAGAGGAGUGAGGAGUGGUGUGGAUGAGAUGAGAAGGAAGGGAAAUGAGGAGGUGAGAGGAGAAGAUUGAGGGUUAAAUAAAGAAUGGCAGAUGAGAAGGGGAGAAGAGACAGUAAAGGAGGGGGAGAAGGAGAGAGACAUGGAGGAGUUGUUACAACUUCUUGGCUCUGAGGAGUAGGAGGACGAUUGUUACGUUCAGACUUUGAACACACACUUUCCUCACUGAGGACGUACUAGCGCUAGGCUGGUAUGCGAUGGUUAGAUCCUCAUUUUGUUUUAGGUUGAUAUGGGAGGACUUGCUAAUGAUCUAUGCUGACAUAAGCUGCCGCUGGUCCAUGUUGACUCCAAUGCUUCCCACAGUUGUGUCAAGUUGGCUGGAUGUCCUAUGGGUGGUGGACCAUUCUUGAUACACACGGGAAACUGUUGAGUGUGAAAAACCCAGCAGGGUUGCAGUUAUUGACGCAAACCGGUGCGCCUGGCACCUACUACCAUAUUCCAUUCAACGGCACUUUAAUCUUUUGUCUUGCCCAUUCACCCUCUGAAUGGCACACAAUCCAUGUCUCAAUUGUCUCAAGGAUUUAAAAUCCUUCUUCAACCUGUCUCCUCCCCUUUAUCUACACUGAUUUAAAGUGGAUUUAACAAGUGACAUUAACAAGGGAUCAUGGCUUUCACCUGAUCAGUCUUAUGUUGUGGAAAGAGCAGGUGUUCAUAAUGUUUUGUACACUCAGUGUGUGGGCCGAUAUAUGAUAUAUAUAUUACCUAUACUACAUCCACCUCUCAUCAGUAUGCCCCUGUACAGCCAGUGAAGGCAAUGUUGUGUAUAUCAUCUUUGUAAAGAAAUGUCAAAUGUAUUGUUUUCUUAAAUAUAGAAUAAUGUACACGGAUGUUUUGCCUGUUGACAAAUGUCCAUAGUAUCAUGUCUCAAAGCUGUUACCAGUAUGCUAAAACUUUAUAUUCACAGAGUAAGCAAGGGAACAGAGAGACCCCCCCAAAAAAAAUCUAUUCUAAGAAACUGUUGAGCAAUGUUUUAAUGCUUGAGGAGGGAGAGUUGAUCCCAAAGGAAAAACGUGUUUUCUGUGGUGAACUAGUAUAAAGUUGACUGGUGUUUUCUUUCUUAUUUGACACUUCACCCAUACUGUUGCCUAACUAACCUCCAUAGGCAGACUGGUCCAGUCUCCCGUCAUGUCUGAGACCGACUAUUUUGCAGUCCGCGACUACUGCCUGACUGAUCUACAAUUACCCUGUAUCCUAAAUAACUACUCAUUAUGAUUUAUAGAUCAGUCAGUUCCCUCUGACGGUGAUCAAUAAUUAAGUGAAUUUGAUGCUCUUGAACAUGACCUCUCUCUACAGAGCCAGCUCUGCAAAUGUACCGCACAACUGGAUAAAGGAUAUUUUCAUCAAAAUAAUGUUCUUUAUGAUAUGAGGACUGGUAUGGAGGCCAUAUUAUUUGCUAUAUGUUUGUAUUCUUCUCUUUUAUUUCUUAUUGUUGUUGUCGUUGUUGAGAAGGAACCUAUAAAUAAUGAUUCCAAUGGAAGGUCUAUACCGGGUGUAUCCUGUACAUUACAACUAAUAAAACCAACUAUUGGAUGUUU